UGAAACUGGUAUACAGUGGCCAUUUUGCCCUCAGGGGAAUCGCUGUUGACAGAUCGAUCUCUUGAGCUGAAAGCCAGCGUGGGCUUGCGCAGUAUCGCAUCUCGUCCACAGGUUGCUCGGUCGUAGAGCUGUUUUGAGAGGCUUCUCUUCUAAGCGCAAAGGCGGGCUACCUUCUUGCGGAUAAGAUUUGGUGACAACUUUAGAAUGGCUAUGGCACCUGCUUCAGAUAUUGGAAAAGUGGAGGCCUCCCCAGGAGAACGAAAGGAUCAGAAGAUGCAUUGUCCCAUUUCAAAUGUGAACACUGAAGAAAUUGCAAAGAUCCGUAAACAAUGUAGAGAAGAAAGUUUUUGGUACAGAGCUCUUCCUUUAUCUCUGGGAAGUAUGCUUGUCGUCCAAGGACUUGUUGCUAAUGGUAUCCUCAAACCAAACCCUAGACUUGGACCCUUUCCUAAAAUGGCACUUGCUGGUGUCCUGGGUUAUGCUGUCGGGACAAUGUCCUACAUAAGAAUAUGUAUGAAGAAGUUUGAAAGUGCUGGUGCUCCUUUUUUUGGCAAAGGACAAAAAUGGCAUUGCCAUCAUACUUGCGAACAGUGCCAAGCCAAACUUAAAGCAAGUCCGUCAGAAAAACCAGAGACAUCGGUCAUUUAAAAAACAGAUAAAAUAACUUCUCUAUUUCAGAUGACAACAGAGGAGGCCGUUCUGUCAUGGUGCCUGUGCUAUAAGAUGAUCUCAUUCUUCUGUAGAAACUGCCUCCUUCCAAAAACCUAUUCUGUAUUUUACAUGAUUUUAAAAUAAAAGUUUUCUUUUCCUGUUUCAUUUCA